GCUUGGAUUCCCCAAGCAGCACACAGGAGAAAUUGGCAAAUCCAGAGAGAAAGGGCUUCUGCUAUUGCCAUGGUGAGCUGAUAAGACCAUAACAACUCAUUGGAGGUCUCCAAAAUCACUCCACUCUUCUUUCAUUUCUGGGGAGAGAUUGAAGGGCCAAUAUCAAAACUAGCCAUGGUCUGUUGGCAUAUUAACAAAUCCACAGAGAAAGGGCUUCUGCUAUUGCCAUGGUGAGGAGCUGAGAAGACCUUAAUAACUCAUUGGAAGUCUCUAAAAUCCACUCCACUCUCAUCUCUUGGCACAGAUUGAAGGUGCCAAUAUCAAAACUAGCCAUGGUCUGUUGGCAUAUUGACAAAUCAACAGAGAAAGGGCUUCUGUUAUUGCCAUGGUGAGGAGCUGAUAAGACCUUAAUAACUUAUUGGAGGUCUCCAAAAUCCACUCCAUUCCACUCUUCUCUCAUUUCUGGGGAGAGAUUGAAGGGGUCAAUAUCAAAACUAGCCAUGGUGCGUCUGUCAGAGUGGCCACAUAGAGGGUAUAAGAAGCUUGCAGUUGGCCUGCCAAUAAGUUUGCCCUGAGUAAUUCUUCCUUUAUCAAAAGUAGAUCAAGAGGGUAGUGAUUCGCCCCUCUGCAAAGGUUUCUCCUAGCCUUUUUUCUUUAGGGUUCUAUUGCAGCCACUUUCUUGAAUCCUUUAGCUGAGAGUGCAUACCUUGUCAAAUUGAGCAGGGAUUUCAUAUCUUCCAUGCUGGGGUUCUGGGCUAUCCACUGAAUGUCUGUCAAAAUCUGAAAAUGGCAAUUGUUCAUUUUAAGGUAUAAGAGUUCUCUGUAUGUGGUAGAAUGUUGUCUGGAUUCCCAGAACAGAAGGUCUUCAUUCCAGAGGGCAGAGACUGCAGAAUUUGGGAAAUGUGGUCGACAGGUAAGAGGGUCAAAACAGCCCCUCCCUAAUAUUUCCCAGUAUUGUGCUCUCCAACUCAUGGUCUUUCCAGGAAUCCAAGGGGCUCUUAUUUAAUUUGCUAGGUUGGCCAGGUUCCCACAAUGAGAAUUCUUCUCUUUCCCCCAUCUGGUUUUGAGGCAUGAACCCCCACAUAUUACAAAACUGUCCUUAUCCUUGGGAAUGAAGAUGUGUUUCCAGGAUGAGAGCAGCCCUGCUGCCCACCCCAUUCCUGUGCCUCUUCAGUCCAUAGCAAAAGAAGAAGGUGACAUGUCCAAUAACAUCCAUUUAGUUCGGUCUUCCCUUUCUAAGACCAGAUAGUCAGGCUGUCUAUCAUUUUUCCUUUCAAGACUUGUGGAUAAGAAGUGAUCCUGGGGAGAGGCAGCUCAUAAAAUGUGUCUGAUCAUGCCCAGCGUUUAGGAGGCGGCCAUGGUACCUGUCAAGAGGCACUGGAAGGUCCUCUGUAUGGGUGUCCGUGCAAAUGAAAGCAAUGAACACCUUUUCCAGACUUUCUGUGAAGAGAGAACAGAGAUAAAUGUCAGGAGUCAGGAAGGAUGAUUUUCACCUUUACCCCUUUUUCUUGGCAUCUGAGAUGGCCAUACUUACUCCGAAAAAUCUUCAUGCUGCCAUAACCAAGCUAGAUUCUGGCAUUUCAAUCCAUUAAGCAAAUAUAGGCAGUUGUGGUUUGGUGGCCUUUUUUCUCUGCCUGUCAUAUGUGAAGGUGUCUGUUCAUAGAAUCAUUGGGUUGCACCAUGGAGAUCUUCUAGUUCAAACCUCUGCCCAAGGAAUUAGUCUUCAAGCCAUCUCCGACAAAUGAUUUUUCAAUCUUCUCCUGACAAUCUCUGGUGAUUAAGUUAGGGUUAGGGUUAGUUGCCCACUUUUAGGAUUAGGAUUAGGGCUAGCUCCUCACUUCCCCACCUAGUUCCCCUGUUUCCCACUUUCCACAUCCGAAAUAUCGAAAAACUGAAGUUCAUAUCUUGCAGGCAGCUGUUCCUGGAAUCCCAUUGGACUUCCAUCGAAUCAAAUAAAGCUCUCUGUAUCCCAACAAGAUGGCUAAGCAUAGGGUACAUUUAGCCCUGGUACUAACAGCAAGAGAGCAUUUGGAAGCCUUAAGUUUAGCAGGAUAUAUAGCACAAUUUCUCUUCUCCCCAAUCAGGACUUAUGGCAUAGAUUCCAUUGGCCACAUUGUCACACCUUUCUUACUUUUGAGUUGAAUCCCCAUUAGGCGAGUUCUCUUCUUCCUUGGCUUUGUCCUCUGCCAUUUCAGUCCUGUCCAGAGGAAGAAAGUAAAAGGUUUAAGCUCAGCCUCCUUUUUCCAAGAUGUGCCACUGAGGCUGCUAUGCGGUAAAUUAACCAAUCGCACCAGAGCUUGACUGCAUAUAUUUAGCCUAAGGCCAUGUUGUCCUAAGGGUCAGGUGUCAACUUGCUUCAGCACCCAGAGCAUUCCAGCACAGUUCACUAAGGUUAGGAGAAGUGAAUAGAAGGCCUCCAUCCCUUCCCAAGAGAAAACACUUUCUUACCCAUGGACUGGAAGAAUCACUGGCAUCGGAAAACACCGCGGCCUCCUCUCAGCUUCCGUUUGAGACCUCAUCCAGAAGCUCAUCAAGGGAGUCCACGUCCUUCAGGCUGCUGCUUCUGGAGCCAACCAGGACUUUCAUGGAAUCUUGCAAAUGAAGGCUAAAUCCAAGAUUCUCUGCAUCUCAACAAGAUGGCUAAAUCAUAGGCUGCAUUCAGCCCCUCAGUGCCAAGAGAAAGAGGACCUUUGGAAGACUUAAGGCUAGGAAGAUAUAUUGCACAAUUUCCCCCUCCCAUAUCAGGACUUGUGGCAUAGCCUCCAUUGGCCCCAUUGCCAAAACCUUACCUCUGAAGAAGGUUUCUCCCCAUUGAGAGAGGGAGAGGGCUCCGGUUCCAAAGCUUCUGACAUAUCCGUACUGUCCAGAGGAAGAUGAAAUGUUUAAGGAAUCAAGCUAGCUCAUUCUCCUCUUUCCAAGAUGAGCCACUGAUGCUGCUCUGCGGUAAAUGAACCAAUCGCACAGAGCUUGGGUGCACAUCUUUCAGGCUGCUGAGAUAGUCUCGGGCCUUCUGCUUCUUCGGGAGAAUCCUGUGAAUGACAAUGAUUCCUCUUUAGCCAUCAGACCAACAGAAACUCAGAAUUCCUAAAAGAGGGCCUAUUGAAUGGGGAUGCUUGAUCAAAGUUAGGCUUUGGUUUCUUUCUGGAGAUGGAGGAAUCCCCACUCCCACCCUACGCAUCCCCCAGAAAAGUAUGCUCUCUAUUCUUUCCCUGUUAAAGCCCUGCCCCAAAGCAGCAAGGUGCUGGAGAUGGUGACACAGAAAAAGAAAAGGCAUAAGCAGGCUGGGUCACAUCCAUUUAGCACAUUAGUUCACUACAGUGGGCCAUUCCGUGCUUCUUGGCACACAAGAGCUUGGCUGCCUAUGUUUAGAUUCCAUUCAAAGAGUACUCCAGCACAGUUCAUUCAGGUUAGGAGAAGUGAAUAGAGGGCCUCCAUCCCUCCCCAAGAGAAAACAUUGUCUUUCUUACCGAUGGACUGGAAGAGAUUGGCCUCUAUGGCCUUCUCCCAGCUUUCCUCUGCCGCUUCAUCCCAAAUGUCAGAAAUUAUGGAGUCCAUAUCCUCAAGGCUGCUAAUCCUGGAGGCCCGCUGGACUCCAUUGAAUUCUGCAAAUGAUGGUAUUGAGGCUAAAUACAAAGCUCUCGGCAUCCCAAUAAGAUGGCUAAACCAUAAGGUGCAUUCAGCCACAGUGCCAACAGCAAGAGAGCAUUUGGAAGCCUUAAGUUUAGGAGGCUAUAUAGCACAAUUUCUCCCCUCCCUAAUCAGGACUUUUGCAAUAGACUCCAUUGGCCACAUUGCCAAACCUUUCUUACCUCUGAGGUAAGAGUUGAGUCCCCAUUAGGAGAGUUCUCUUUCUCCGCCCUGUCCUCUGCCAUUUCAGUCCUGUCUAGAGGAAGAAAGUGAAAUGUUUAAGCUCAGCCUCCUUUCCAAGAUGAGCCACUUAGCCUGUUCAUCUUUAUCUACCCUGCAAGCCCCUUGUGAACAAGCUGGAGUCUUCACCCUCUGAGAUGCUACCUACUUUGACAGACAGGGACUCCAUUCUUGCUGCACGUGUCUCUGGUUGUUAGCCUUAUCCAAAGGUAGGAAUUCCUCCUGUGAAUCCUGAAAUAAUAAAACAAAGAGUCUGUGGCAUAUUGACAAAUCUGCAGAGGAAGGGGUUCUGCUAUUGCCAUGGUGAGGAGUGAUAAGACUUUAAUAACUCAUUGGAGGUCUCCAAAAUCCACUCCACUCCAUUGAAAAUCCACUCCUCUCAUUUCUGUGAAGAGAAUGAAGGGCCAAAGAUCAAAACUAGCCAUGGGCCUUUUUUCAAGAGUGGACAUUUGGUGCUUUAAGAGGCCUUAAAGAGGCCUACCACCUGGCCUGCCAAUGGGGUUUCAUUCUUCCUUUAGCAAAAGCAAAAGUAGAGGUAGAGAUGCCUCCCUUCUGCAAAUAUUUCUUCUAGCAUUUCUCUUUAGGGCAGCCGCCUUCUUGGGAAUUCCUCAGCUGAGAAUACAUACCUCCACAAAUAUUGAACAGAUGUCACAUCUUCCAAUCUUGGAUUCCAGGUGGUGGGACGAACACCCAUGAAAACCUGAAAGUAACAACUAUUCAUUUGAAGUAUUCGACCAUCAAAAGAGCUGUUGUUCAAAGAACCAUGAAAUCAGAUCAUGAGGACAGAGAGGGUCUUCUUGUACCUGGAAUAUCAAACAUGUCACCAGAGGAAAAAAUGGCAGACACCAGGAAUAGCAGUUGUGAUAUCAUCAGAGAUGUAUCUCCAUGUCCUGAGGUUUGGAGAAAUGCUGAUAUAAAACCUAGCCAAGAAGCCUCCAGGAAAAAACUAUGUGGUUAUUUAUAUAAAUGUUCUUCUAAAGCACCAAUCAAGACCUGGAAGUCACGCUGGUUUUGCUAUGAUGAAAAUAAAUGCUACUUGCUAUACUACAGGACAGCACAGGAUAUUAAUCCUUUAGGAAGCAUAGAGAUUUCCAUUGCGAGUUUUGAUCCGAAAGUGGGAGCAGAUGAAGGUAUUUUUGAAAUCAGGACUCCCAUCAAAGACUUUAUUCUUAAGGCUGUCAACAAACAAGCCAUGAUGUAUUGGCUACAACAACUGCAGCUGAAACGCUGGGAAUUUUGUAAUAAACAGGCAAAGGGUUUUGUUGAAACCAUGCCAUCUUUUCCUUCCAUAAAUGAGGCCCAGCAGAGCAACACUGAGGCAGAUCAGGAUUUUUUACCUCCAGUGAAAACACCCACUGAUGUAGUUGGCAUAAAGGCAGCUUCUCUACCAGCACCACCGACUUCUGUUGCUCUUCAGAACAUCUCUCUCAAACAUCCUUGGAUUGAAAUUCAAAACACAGUGCAUAAUCUGUGUGGCAACCGUCAGAACCGAAGGGACAGUGGUAGUUUUGAGGAUAAUUUUGAAAUCAUUGCUGAUGAAGAGCAACUAAAAGGAGAAACUGAGGAUACAGUCAUGGCAGAAAUGCAGAAGGAUACAAAAAUGAGACCAAAGCCAUCAACACUCCGAAAAUACAAAAAAGCAAACAGCAGUUUUCAUUAUUUUGUUGAAGGAGCAGAACAGGGAAAAAUAGCUUCUCUUCAGCAUCAAGUUUUGAUUCUUACAGAGGAAGUAAAAUCUCAGAAGGAACUGGUCAAACUUCUCCACAAAGCUCUAGAGGCAGCACAGCAAGAGAAACGAGAGUCCUGCAAAUAUCUGGUCACAACUACGGAAAAAGACAGGCUGGAAUUAGUGCGUCACAAAGUGAGGCAGAUUGCUGAGCUGAAUAGACAGGUUCAGGUGCUAGAGAUGGAAAAGAAAGACUUGGAGCAGGAGGCUGCUUUGAAGGAGGAGCACCUCAAGGAGCUCAGAGAACAUGCACAACUCUUGAUGGACAAAAAUGAAGCCAAGCAACAAGUCAUCCUCAAGCUGACAGAACAGCUCACUAGAGAGAUGUCCGAUUCGGUUACCAAGGCAGACAGCAUCAUGACCGAGACCUUGUACAAGCAACAGGAAAAGAUUGAACACCUAAAGGAUGAUCUUGAGGCAUACAAGACUCAGAACCAAUUUUUGAACUCCGAAGUCCACCAGGUUAGCAAAAUAUGGAACACAGUGGCCCAGAGAGAAAAAAAUCUUCUGAUGAAGUGUGCUCAACUGCAAGCCCACAAUUGCCAGAUUGAAAGCAAGUACCUGAUGUCUCUACGGACCCUGCAGGGGCUGCCGGAUUUGGCUAAAGAACACAUGGCAUUGGUGACGGGACUCAUUGAAGAGGCACUGCAAUGGGAUAUGAAGGAAGAAACCCUGAUUCCUAUUCCGCUAAGCCCAGUCAAUCAAUAUGAUGAUUACGGGUUUAUGACAAUUCCUGAGUAUGAAGCUGCAGACUGGAAGCUCUUGGCCAAAAUCCAGGCCCUGGAGAUCAAAUGCACAAAUCUGAACAAGGAGACCACAGAGAACCCUCUCUUUGAGCGAUGGAAUAACCUUGGGGAACUGACUCCCUCCUUGGAGCUAAAAAGCUUAUUGCGGUGUGGUGUCCCAUCAAUGCAUCGCCAGAGGGUGUGGAGGUGGAUUAUCAGCCAUCGGUUAAAGCAAACACGCUGUCCUGGUCAUUACCAUAAUUUACUCAAGAAGUGUGAAAAUGCUGAGCACCCAGCUUCCCAGCAAAUUGAACUGGAUCUGCAUCGCACGCUGCCCAACAAUAGACAUUUUAUGUCACCAACUUCCCAGCUUAUUCCCAAACUCAGAAGAGUUUUACUGGCAUUCUCCUGGCAAAAUCCAACCAUUGGCUAUUGCCAAGGACUGAACAGAUUGGCUGCCAUUGCCUUGCUGAUCCUAGAAGCAGAGGAAGAAGCUUUCUGGUGCUUAGUUCAUAUCACAAAUAAUUUAAUGCCUCACGAUUACUACAGCAACACAUUAAUAGGCUCGCAAGUAGAUCAAAGAGUUUUCAAAGACAUCUUAUCAGAGAAGCUUCCCAGGCUGACAGCGCACUUGGACCAACUUCAAAUUGACCUAUCGUUAGUGACCUUCAACUGGUUCCUGGUUGUUUUUGUCGAUAGUCUUGUCAGUGAUCUCCUCUUUAGAGUUUGGGAUGCUUUCCUCUAUGAAGGAGCAAAGGUGAUAUUCCGUUACGCACUCGCAAUUUUUAAAUAUAAUGAAGAAGCAAUAUUGAAGAUUCAGGACAAUCUGGAAUUCUAUCAAUAUCUUCGUUUUUUCACCAAAACUAUCUGUGACGGCAGAAAGCUGAUGAGCAUCGCCUUCGGUGAUAUGAAUCCAUUUCCCAUGAAGCUGCUUCAGAAUCGACGUGAAGUUCACAGAUUAAAAGUGGAAGCUGAGCUGAGAGAACUGGAACAGCUGAAAGCCCAGUAUAGGAAGGAACAGGCUGAACAUGCAGACAACCAACUAGAUGGACCUGCAAGUGAGGAGGAAGAAGAGAUGUAACUUUCAACUCUCUUGGCAUCUCUAAACAUUGCCUUUGUUUGAAACACAAAGGCAGCAGUUAUUUAUGAUAAACAUUUGGCACCUGGCGUAAUGAAUGCAGAUGUAUUGGAUAGUUUGCAAGUCCACCACAAAUAAGGGUAUAUCAUGCCUUAUUUUCACUAUGUCUUUUCUGAAUAUUUUUAUGGUGCAGAAAAAAUCCUGGAUUGCAUUCGACUCAAGAUUUUCUCUGACUCUAAAUCAUAAGAAUCCCCUUAGAACUUAGUAUGAUGUACGAAUAUAGCCAUUAUGGUUUGUGAAUCCUAAUUUAUGGCAGGCCUGCACAACUUGUUGAGAAGAAAGGACCAUAUUAAUAAAUUAAAAAUAAUUGCAGGUUGCAUAGGAAUACCCCAUGCACUGAUCAGCUAGCAGAGUGGCAGCAAGGCUGAUUGUUGGCAGCAUCACUAAAGCUUGGAGGCACUUGGCAGUAUGUCUUUUGGGAAAGCAACAGAAGAUCCUUCGUGAUGGUUGUGCUUUUUUUGGGGGGGGGGCAGUGAAUUUAUUGAUCUUUUUAAAAAUGCUAGUGGACCUUCACAGCUGCUUGCUGGGCCACAUAUGGCCCACAGGCUGAAAAUGCAGGCUGAUUUUGAUUUACUAGUACCCAUGGUACAUUCAAGUGUGGCUUUUUCAGCCAACCAUGGGCGAAGCAAAAUGGAUUAACCCAAUGUUUUGAUUCAUAUUUUUAUUAUGAAUAUACUACUUUUGCUUUCCUCAUUUUAUAGCAGGCUUUCUAAUCAAUUGGCUUUCCUCAGAGACUGGACUGUAUUUCAAUCUUAGCAACUCUAACCUCUUGUUGGUUGGGGAAUUCUGGGAGUUGAAGUCCACACAUCUUAAGUUGCUGAGAUGGGGAAACACGGAACUAGAUGAUUCUUGGGGUCCAUUCAGGACUACCAUUUUGUGAUUCUAUUACACAACCCAUGAUCCUUUAGGGUUGUUUCAAAGAUAUUUCCUUACUACAUUCAGAAAUGUUGUUUCAGAGAUAUUUCCUUAACACAUUCAUUCCUCAAUGCCUUUAACAGUGGUGCAGCUUCUAAUGUAUUUGAACAGGUCUUUAAAAUUCAGGGAUAUAUUCAGAGAUGUAUCUGCCUUGAAAGUAACCCAUAUUGAACUGUACAUCACAGUCAAACAGAGUUACCGAUAGGGAAUGUUUUAUGACAUUUUAUAUUAUGUUUUAUAAAAUUUCACAAAUUUCAAUUCCAUAGAAGUCAUAGACCCUGGAUUUUGAAUAUAUUCUACAAGGUAGCUCAUUUGAGGUACCUUGGUUCAAAAAACAUUGCCCUAUGUAUGAUGAACCAUCCCACCUAGUCAAAGGUUACGAGAACAAGAAUUUUAGUAGUAUGCAGAUAGUUGAAUUAGAUUUUGUAGAUUUCAGAAUGGAGGGGGGAGGAAAGUAACCACACAAUAAUCUUUCUUAAUGAGAUUUGGUGAUAUUUUUUCAGCACUUUGCUGACAAAUUUUCAUGCCUGGGGCCAGGGGUGGGAUGCUGCCGGCAUUACUGCCGGUUCAGUACACAAGAAACUUUUGCACAUUUGCACUUAAAAAGGUCUGUGCAGACGCAAAACGUUAGAAAGGAAAAAAAAUACAUUUCUGCAAUGAAAAUUGUUCUGUGCAUGCAGAGAACUGAAAAUUAAGAUGGCGGCACUGUAGGAGAACCGGUUCAGGGGUGUGUGGCAAGCCUGGGUUGCUGCAAGUUCCAGCGACCCAGGCAGCCAAGUUACUACUGGUUCAGCCGAACCGGUCCAAACUGGUAGGAACCCACCUCUGCCUGGGGAUUAGAAAAUAGAAUGAUAGGAUUGGAAGAAGACCUUGGAGGUCUUUAAGACAGGAGGCCUUAUACCACCCCUGUCAAAUAGUUGUCCAGUCAUGGAAGUUUUUGAAAACCUCCAUGAUGGAGCACCCACAACUCCAGGAGGCAAGCUGUUCCAUUGAUUAAUUGUUCUCAUUGUGCAUCUUCUUUUCCCUUUUUCUGUUACUAAUAGAUAAUUGUAACACUUGCAAUUCAUGUCCUAAUGCAAAGAGAUAAGAGUCAAGGAAUAUAUUAGGUUAAAAGCAAGAAUGCAAAAGGCAAGGGGUGGGGGUGAGGGGGUGCCCAUGUUAGGGUUAGCUCCCCCACCUUUGCCCAUUGUUGCAUUUCCCACUACUAGCUUCCUCCUACAACAUCCUCGGUGGUGUUGCCUGCUUCUUCUUCAAUCCCACACAUCUUCCUAUAGCCUUGUAACCAUUCUGCACUCCGUCCCCUAAAUCUUUUCAAAUUCAUUCAGUCAUUAAGAUUGAAGCACUUUAUUUAUUUAUUUAUUUAUUUAAGUUGAAGGAGCAGCAAGUCAGAGGUUUGCUCCCCAAAAAUCUCCCCCCCCCCUUUAGCAGAGUGGCCUUAA